AUGGAUUCAGAGGCUCCUCCGGCGGAAUCGUCUGCCAACAAUUUACCGGACCGGCUCCCUUUCCCGCCCGUCACAUAUUCUCACAUCUUGCACUGCUCAUACCAUGAUUGGCACGCUCGCUACCGCACACUUGCCCCGAAAUCUCGCGUCAUCCCUCUGCCAGCCUCAUUUGUCAACUAUCUUCGCGCCGACGGCAUAGUCCUCCCGCCAGAAGCCGCACGCCCAACAGACGAUGAUGACUAUGAUACCUUCUCCGACUCUGGCGAAGAGGAACAAGACCCCUCAACAGAAUGGCCAGAAAUACAUACCCAGAUCAAGAACACAAUCACCGAAUUCGGCAAAGUCACACCAAAACUAAACUGGAGCGCCCCCAAAGACGCAACCUUCAUGUCCGCCACAAACGACACACAAUGCCAAACACCUAACGACAUCUAUCUCCUCCUCAAAAGCAGCGACUUCAUCACCCACGACCUAGACCACCCGUUCGACGACUGCGUUCCUGACCCCACCAACGGCCACUCUGAAGCUGAGAGCGUACUUCCCGAAGUGCCGUACCACCUGGUCCUCCGCAAAUACGCCAAUUUCAACCCGUCUCUUGAGUUCAGGUGCUUCGUGCGUAACCGCAAGCUUCUGUGCAUGUGUCAGCGCGACCAGAACCAUUUCGACUUCCUCUUUGAUAUGCGUGAUAUGUUGCGCUCUCGCAUCCAGUCAUUCUUUGACGAGAAGUUGCGGGAUUCAUUCCCGGAUCCGAACUUCACGUUCGAUGUUUAUGUCCCCGCGCCGCACCAGCGGGUCUGGUUGGUUGAUAUCAACCCUUGGGCGCAGCGGACAGACCCGUUGCUCUUUAGCUGGUUGGAGAUCUUGCGCAUGAAGGAUCCCAUUGGGUUUGAGGAAGAAGGCGACGAUGAUUUGAAUGGAGGCUUUGUGCGGAUUUCUUUGCGGGAUGGGAGUAUUAUGAUCCCCGGCUCUGCGGAGACCGAAGAAACUGAAGAAACCGAGGGUGACGAGGGCUCGGAAUCGUCGGAAGACGAGGCUGAGGAUCCUGCCGCAGAGGGCGAUGAUGACAUGGCUCCCUUCUUGCCUGAGUUCCGUCUAAUUAAGAAGAAUGAUCCUGAGGCGUAUUCUUUCAACACCCCACAGUACUCGGCUCAUAAGGUGCCGAGGGAACUUGUUGAUGCUUCGCUGGCUGGGCCUGCUGGAAUGAGUGAAUUUAUGGGCAAGUGGCAGGAUAUUCUGCAGCAGCAGAUGCGUGAGGAUCAGCAGGCCAGUGACUCUGAGUAG